AUGUCUCUUUCAGAAAUUGAGCCAUUACGCCUUUGUGAUGGCCCAGAGCAGCCUUUGAAGGCACCAAUUCAAUGUGAGCGCCCCAAGCCGAAGAAGAUUGUUCCAGGUUCUAGGAAGCUGCCCAUCAAGCUGCUGUAUACAUCGAGGGUAUGCAAGGAACAAAUGCCACCAAUGAUGGAGCCAAUGUUGAGACCUGUCCAAGCCCGCCUCCCGGGCCCACGUGGCAUCCAAGAACGGGCCCUCGCGCUACCACCAUCAUCAAGUGACUCCAUGGAUGCAAUGUCACAUGUUCAUGCUGUGUCUCAGUUCCAAGUCUCACAAAAUCAUCAUUAUCCUCAGGCUGAUCAGCGCCACAUUGAGCCGAUAAACUAUUAUCAACACGGCAACCAGCCUGCUAUACCCGUGCCUUCCAUAAACGCGAUACUUCCCGUGCAUGCUACAACCGGCACCACCACCAAGCACUCACCUGCUAACACACCACCACCAGCAUCCUCGCGUUCAGCAGCACUCGCUGCACCCCCCAUGCCAAUUCUUCCGGCACCCGUUCUAACGCCACUAAGCACAUCAACAGAUGCCCUCAGCCAGCAACCACCACCACCAUUCACAUGUUCCUCGACGCCAGCACCACCACCACCAUCGCUAGCAGCUCCCUUCCAACAGCAACAACCACCUCCAUCCAGGACGCCACCAGCAGCUCCCACCUCGUGCUACCAACCGCCAGCAUCGAGCGUCUGCGCCCAGAGCAUGCCAGCGAAUGCUGGCAUGGCUCGGACACAUACGGAGGAUACGAGGACGAGGAAAGAAGGGAAAGAGAAGGAAGUGAGAAGGAAAAGAGGAGGAACGAGAGGAGGAAGGAAGGAUCUUGACGCGACACCCGACACGUCACACUCUCAUGCCACCACACCACCAUCUCCCAUUUUGACACGCUCACCUUCGACUUCGAUCGUACACGACACCACCUGCCACGACAUCAGCGUCUAUUUCGACGCAUCUGUCAUUCGCGCUGUGCCUCCACUCCUCCUUGUGCCAUCCACAUAUGUUCGAGUCACGUCAGCAUUCGCUGACCCGCAAUAUCGUCAAGACAUGAUGUACACACAUCAUCCCACACCCUAUGCGGCUCGGCCUGAAGCUCAUGAAGGCAGAGCUGGAGGGUACCGUGAAGGCAGUGGACCAUCUGGAGCCUCAGAAGCCUCUUACCAGGACUCGAGGAGCUAUCGCAACGAUACUCGGCCCAUGUACCCCCAAGAUGCUGUCUCUCGUCAAGAGUCUCGUUACCCAAUCUACGCUGACAAUGCUCUUAACUUACUCUACUCGUCAUCUCCAGCUCCUUCUGAAGACGGCUACAUGAGUGGGGCUCCAUAUUGA